AUGGGAGACGAGGCGGUCCUUCGCGGUGUAUGCAGCGCGGCCACCAGUCCCGAGCUGCCCCUGCGCUUGAUGCCGGUGGCCGACGCAGCGCUGCGCCCGAUGCCGGGCCGAGAAGCUUUGCGUGUGGCUGAUGUGGGUUGCUACAAAGCCUUGUUGGGCCUUCACCUUGUGCAGCGAGACGCCGGCGUGCGGGUGCUCGCAACAGAUCUGGCUUCCGGGCCUCUGGAACUAGGUCGCAUGCUGGCACGCAGAUUGCCGACCGACCAGUGCCGCCGUAUUGACUUCAGGCUCGGGGAUGGCCUGUCCACACUCCACCCGGGCGAGGUGGACGUGGUGUGUGCAGCAGGCAUUGCAGCAGGCAAGCUGUCUGCAUGGAUCCCGGCGGCGCAGUUUGCGCAGCGCCUUGUGCUGCAGCCCAGCGUGCCAACCGGCCCCGAGGCAAUGAUGGAGCUGCGCUGCCGUAUGUCGGACUUUGGUUGGGCUCUGCAGGAUGAGGUGCUGAGCAUCGAGAGAGGGGGCAUUUGCCUCACUCUCGUGGCUGAAGCCGCUACUGGUACUUCGAGCUUCUCGGGUGAGGCAAUUCCGCUGUUGCCCGCCGCCCCACGGUCCAGGAUUCGCCAAACGCUGCAGACUGGAGCGGAGGAUGAUCCUGAAGUCGAAGCCUUCCUGGAGCUCCUCCAUGAGUAUCUGGAAAGAAGUGGUCCUGGCACGUUGCGCAAGGUACUGCAGGACGAGCUUGAUUCCCUGAACACCCUCCGGCUACCAACACCACCUCCGUGCCAAGAGGCCAUCAGCGAGACCCUCAGAGCCGACACUCACUUGCAGCAUCGGGACUUGCAUUCACCAAUGCCGGCGGGAGAUAUCCUUAUCCACUGCGGCGACGUGCUGCUAGAGAGCAAAGGAGCAGCUGUCGAGGACAUCGCCGCACUCGCCGACUUUAAUCGUUGGCUUUCCGAACUCUCGCACAGGCAUCGCCUUUUGGUCGCAGGAAAUCAUGACGGGGCUUUGCGGGAUCUCCGUGCUGCUGGCGUGAAGCGGCUGCUGAACCAUUGCACGUAUCUUGAGGAUGAGUCCAUCGAGCUGGAGAGUUUAAAGAUCCAUGGCUCGCCGUUGUCUGCCGGUUCGAGCCCGAACGGAGCCUUUCAGAGCCAAAGUGGCUACGACGAAGCCAAAGCAGUUUCCGCCGUGCCUGAAGGCUUGGACAUCCUGGUGACCCAUGGACCUGCAGGCGAAGGAGCACUCGGCAGGGCGAGUGCAUGCCUCCAGGAGCGGAUCGACGAGGUGAGGCCGCGCGUGCACAUCUUCGGGCACUAUCACCUUGGUCAUGGAGUCGCGUGCAGGGAUGGUGUCGUACAGGUGAACGCGUCAUCUGCCGAUGCCUUCUUUGCCGUGUCCAACCCUCCGAUCGUGGUGGACAUCAUGCUCCGCACGCAUGACCGUGACUUGCUGGAUAUCGUCUUGACUGCCACCUGUGGCUCCAGCCUCCACAAACAUCUGCCGGAGCGCAUGCUUUAUGCUCUCCUUGCUGCGUUGGCUGCGUUCGCACACGUGGAGGCGCGGCAUCUCUACCUCCUUAUGAACUGGCCUGACUGCCUCAUGCGGGCAAACCUCGACGGGACAGAUCGGGAGGUGCUGUUAAGUGGGCUCGGCCAUCCGAAUUCCUUGGCCGUGGACGACUUGAGACAAAAGCUGUACUUUUCAGAAUCUGACGACACUUCCGACCGGAUCAUGCGCUGCAACUUAGAUGGCAGCAACCUGGAGGAGGUGGUGUCAGGCGUCCAUGUGCAGGGCAUAGCUACGGAUGCAGAUGGCAAAGUUUACUGGACGGACGUGACGAGCUCUCAGAUCCAGCGCAGUGCCUUUAACGGUUCCGACAUCGAAGUCUUGGUCUCGGAUCUGCAGGAGCCUGCAGGCCUGGCCUUGGACUCAAAGGCCGGUCGGAUGUAUUGGGCUGAUCAAUGUGGCUACGAGAACACCGCCAGGAUUCAAUCCGCCGGCCUGGACGGCUCCGGUGUGGCCACGUUGCACAAUGCCUCCCAUCCUAUGCAUGUUGCCUUGGAUUCCGAUGGACAGCUGUACUGGACAGAUGCGGGCAGCUUCGAGAUUCGAAGAUGCAAACCCGACGGAUCUUCCGCUGAAGUCUUGUACAACAAAACAGUUGUAUUGCUGCCCAAUUCGCAGCCUUCGAACAAACCUGUCCAGCAGUUGACGGGUCUUUUGGACCCUCAGGGGAUUGCCGUGGACUCUGUGGCAGGCAAAGUCUAUUGGACCCAGCUCGGCACACAGUACAAAACCAGAGGUGGACCAUCAGUACAGCGGAACAGCAAGCUUCAGCGUGCAAACCUUGAUGGCAGUGAGAUCGAGACUCUAGCCGAGUUCGGUCUUCUUCACAGCCGCAGCCACGGGGCCAACAGCAGCUCGCCGAACUGCGUCAGCCAGGUGGAGCACUUUGUUGUUUGUUUGCUUGUUUCUUUGUGUGCAGAAGGAUAG